AUGGAAUUUUUAACUGUGAAACAUUCUUCCUUGCAGAUCAUCUUCUACGAGGACAGGAACUUCCAGGGCCGCUCCUAUGAGACUAGCAGCGACUGCGCGGAGCUCACCUCCUACCUGAGCCGCUGCCACUCCUGCAGGGUGGAGAGCGGCUGCUUCAUGGUCUACGACCGCUCCAACUACAUGGGGAACCAGUACUUUGUGAGGAGGGGCGAGUACUCCGACUGCCAGCGCAUGAUGGGGAUGAGCGACUGCAUUAGAUCCUGCCGCAUGAUCCCCAUGCACAGAGGAUCCUUCAGGAUGAGGAUCUACGAGAGGGAGAACUUCGGAGGUCAGAUGCACGAGCUGAUGGACGACUGCGAGUCAUUCCAGGACCGUUACCGCAUGUCCGACUGCCAGUCCUGCAACGUGAUGGACGGCCACUGGCUCAUGUACGAGCAGCCCCACUUCAGAGGCAGGAUGAUGUACAUGAGGCCUGGGGAGUACAGGAGCUUCAGAGAUAUGGGCUACAGCAACACGAGAUUCAUGUCCAUGAGGCGCAUCAUGGAUUCCUGCUAUUAA